GUAAAAAUGUCUCAUGGUCCAGGGAGCGGUGGCGCUGGAGGAUAUGCCACCUCUGCAAAUGAACGUUCCCAACAACGUGGGAGCGGCAGUGGUCACUUCCCCCCGUCGAUGCCGCUGCCUAGCCUCGUUGCGGGAGAGUGGUGGCGGGACUUCCUAACCAAGCGGGAGCAUGAUGUGAAUCGCUUUCUUUCACGACAGAUGUUAAGGCUAGUACUACCGCUGGAGCAUCCUCAAGAACAUCUUCAUACUUGGUUCAUCUUUUUCUCCUUGAAAAAGAAGCAUCCAAGCCUGAUGGUCUCGAGGAAGAUGCGACCACGACGGGACGAAGUAACUCUAAAGCUGAAAGGUUUAGGUUCGUUUGGAGAACC